AUGAUCGACCUUAACAAUCUAACUGUCGGCUACGUGUCUGGCAUCAUCGCUGCUGCCAUUUUUGUUGUCCAGAUAUUCGUUCCCACGGCCUUGCCGGUCAUUCUUCUUGGGGUCCUCAGGGAAAAGAAUUCGGCUGCAACUGCGACGGCAGUUACUUGGUCUGUUGUCGGUCGGUUCCUGCAUUCCUCCUACUGGCCGACGAUUCUCUCCGGGGACACUGCAGCGACCUCAAGAGUACCUGUACGUGUCGUGGCCAUUGCGACGCUGAAGACUCUCUUCACCAUCUUGAUCGGUGUUGCUGCCAUCGUAACACCACUCGGCCUACACCAAGACAUCCUCUCGAGCCAAAGCACAACCCCCUCCACGUUCCAUUAUGUUGCCGAUAAGUCCCAAUUUGGUUACGGGACUCCUCCAAGGACCGACCUUCCUUGGAGCCGCAUCUGCGGAGCCUUCAGCCCGGUGAAUUGUCCAAACUCACCUCAGACUAUAACUUAUUUCAGUAAUGCCACAGGAGAAUACUGGUCAGCCGAUGACUACGAUUCUCAUGUACACCAAUAUGUGAUUGAUGUGUUCGAAAGCGGCCUUUCAACCAUGGACAAAUCUGUCGGAAGCAUAUUUGACAUUCAAUCAAGAUCAUACACUUGGUCUCUAAUCAACGAUAGUCCUAACGCACUAGCACCGGACAACGGAUCUUCAUACCCUAUUACUGCAUACCGACAGAUUUCGACCAUGGUGUUGGAAGACGACUAUGUGGCCAUUGAAGGCCUAGUGGUGGAUAUGAAGAAUGGUGGAAUUGGCUUCAGAAACCAUAGUGCACCGCCGAUGUCACCAUUCGGCAGCACAUGGUCUGAAGAUCUUCUCUUCGUUGAGCCCGAGUCAAUCUGCGUCGAUACAAACCUGACCUUGGAUUUCACUAUCCCCAGUUACGGUUCCUCUACGAAUCAAGUCUCAGAUCUGGUGCUGACAGAUCGAGGGGGCUUUGCCAAUCUCAUCAAGAAAUAUCCAGUUUGGGACCGGGGUGAUACGCAGAAAAGCCCAGAGCUCUAUUUGCGUGCAUACAAGGCGGCUUGGAUAAACAAUGCUUGGUCCAUGGCAUUCAUGAACGUGACGGAUUUUGCCAAUCAAAGCGAGCCGGGCUCUCAUGCCUUUGAAUACCUCAACUCACACGUCGGAAAGACAUUUCCACUCAUGAGCCCCAAUUCAACUGGACUCUCGGGAAUGUCAAGUUCUCUGGGUCCUGAUAUCCUCACUACAUCAACGCUGUAUGGAUAUUAUCUGAAUGGUUUGGAUCAGGGAACGGGAAUCUAUGAUAACACCAGUUCUCUGUACAACUUUUCCUUGCCAUCCGACCUUCCAUCAGUCCCACCGCUAUAUUCAAAUCCUUUCGGGAUCGAUCAGUCAAACUUCUCCAGCGCUGGACUUCUUUGUCAAGGUGCUGGUGGCCAGGAUAUUGCCAACAUCACCAAUUUUGCGGCUGCAUGUGGACUGCUAUAUGGAGCGCCACGGCGAAGAGACGGGAGCGAGUCUGUUGUGUUUGAACCUGGCUCGAACUGGACUAUCCCGCUUUACUCGUGCAUCUCUACCACGAAAGCUUUGAUCAAGACUGUUUCCUUUCGUUUCAAUGGAAGCGACGACCUCUCAGGAUUGAAGGUCACGAACAUAUCUGACAAGGUAUACGUCAACGAGUCUUCCAAGCCUCUGUGGGGGGUUGAGAAGACAGACCAGGUAAUCUCGGAAGUUCACAUCUUGUGGGGUCUCCUGUCGGGACCCGACCAAGGUAAUGUGUCUGUCACCGCGUUGAGAAAAGAAUUCCUUUAUCUGCCUGGUUAUGUUGGUGGAGGGGGCGGAGGUCCGCUGUCCAUUGGCUAUCAGAACCUGCCUGGUGUCGAUUUCCACGCCGAUGCUCUUGCGGCCCUCUAUAGCAUCAGCUCCGCAUAUUACGGCACCAUUAUGGACUAUUCCGGCAAAACGAAUCUGGCCAUGUAUAGGCUGUGGCAGGAUUUGUCUCGCACUCCAGCAACCGCUGCUAAAAUAUUGAAUCUUAUUUGGACGGACGUGGCGGCAAAUUCGGUCGUUGGGACGAGAAGUUUGCAGCAGCCGCAGCAGCAGCAGGGAAACCUCCAGAAACGCGACGGCAGCUCGGAGCAGGACAUCGAUGCGAGCUUGUUGGUUCCGGUGACCGUAUACCAGCGACGUAUCAGGUACCACAUGGUGUAUGGCAUCCCGGCGUUAAUGACAGCCUUGGGGACAUUUUGCGUCCUCAUCGCCGUCCUGGUUGUCUUGUGUCUGGGCCGAGCUGGCACCACAAAGAUGCGCAGAUAUCUUGACCGAACGUCACCAGGGCGCCUCAUGACCUCGCAGCCCUACACCAAGUCACCCGAAGCGGAGCCGUCUGGCACAGGCACAGGUAGCUGCCGGUCAACAAAAGAGUGGAUUAAAGCUCAAGGCUGGAAACAAAUCACUCUUUCCCAGGGCGAAGAUGGCUCUAUAGUCGUGGAGGAUCCGCAGGCCGAGUGUGCACAACAACCCUUGCUGGAAGAAGUCAUCACGCAGUAUACUGAUAAAAGCCCUGUAGUCGAGGCUGUCGAGCCUAAGGACAAUAGCUCAUAG